AUGGACAGUGGGGACCAGAGGGGUCUUGCUGCACAGGACGAUGAGACCAUGUGCACAUCAGCCUCUGAGGGUCUGGAGGAGGGCGAGGUGGAGGGAGAAACUCUCCUCAUUGUGGAAUCAGAGGACCAGGCGUCUGUGGAUCUGUCUCACGACCAGAGCGGAGACUCUCUGAACAGCGACGUCGGGGAGGACGGAGAGGGAAGCUGGAACGAGGACAUGUCGUUCUACUGCGACAAGUGCCACAAAUGGAUCCCGGCCGCCCAGCUACGUGGAGAGCAGCCAAGCUAUCUGAAAGGAGACAACUUUUUCAAGUUCACCUGCUCGGACUGCGCAGAAGAUGGGAAGGAGAGUUUUGAGCGGAUGAGGCUGACCUGGCAGCAGGUGGUGAUGUUGGCCAUGUAUAACCUGUCUUUAGAGGGCACUGGACGACAAGGUUAUUUCAGAUGGAAGGAAGAUAUUUGUGCAUUUAUUAGUCGGCACUGGACCUUCCUACUUGGAUCUAGAAAGAAGACGUCCACGUGGUGGAGCACCGUUGCAGGGUGUCUGUCUGUCGGCAGCCCAACGUUUUUCCGUUCAGGAGCGCAGGAGUUUGGAGAACCCGGCUGGUGGAAGCUAGUCCAGAACCGGCCACCGACUCUACGGCCAGAGGGCGAGAAAAGUUCUGCAGCUUCACUCAAAGCUAAAGCUGUGUCGAAGCCGUCCCUGGACCCCAUAAUCACCGUGGAGGGUUUAAGGAAGCGUGGAAGUCGGAAUCCAGUGGAGAACGCCAUGCAGCUGAAAGAAAAGCGUUCCCGAACACAAGAGGCUAAAGAGAUCCGGCGUGCCCAAAAGGAAGCGGCCGGGUUUCUAGACCGCAGUGCCUCGUCUACACCUGUCAAACUGGGCAGUCGUGUGCGUCGCUCAGAGCCGUAUCUGGAGAAGGGUGAAGUCAUUGACUUUUCCUCUCUCAGCUCCUCAGACAGGACCCCCCUCACCUCUCCCUCCCCUUCCCCUUCACCUGAUUUCUCCGCCCCUGGAACGCCCGCCUCACACUCUGCUACGCCCAGUCUGCUGUCAGAGGCCGAUCUCAUCCCGGAUGUCAUGCCUCCUCAGGCUCUGUUCCACGAUGAUGAAGAAUUGGAUGCCGAGGGCGUUAUUGACCCCGGGAUGGAGUAUAUUCCCCCUCCCAGCAUGCCUUUGGCCACCGGCACCAUCAUGGUCAGGAAAAAGAUACGUCCAGCAGAGCUGAUCAAACAAGAACUGGAGAGUGAAGACGAGGAGCGAGGUAGAGAUGGUGAGGAAGACGAGGGCCAGGAUGAAGGCUUGUUACCAGCAGGACGGGGGCGUGGCAUUGAGCGGAGGAAGGUUCUCCAGGAGAAGGGCGAGGGCUGCGUGUCCUUGCCCACUCCGCGGUACACGUUCAUCAGCCUUUACGAGGAACGCAUGCUGCUCCACAGGCUGGAGGCGUGUCCGCAAGCGCUGGCCGUCACACCACAGGCCAAAAGACUGCAUCGCAAGCUACUCGUGCGCCAGGCAAAAAGAGAGCGAGGGCUCCCCCUGCUGGACGUGGAUCAGGCCGUAAGCGCUACGCUCAGUCUGGUGGGAGGCGUGUAUGGGGCACAAGGGGGUUUGGCCAGCCACAGGACGAGUGGAGAAGAAAAAUACAGAACCACCAGCCAAGACCUUCGUAUACUUGAUCGCUUUCAGUCAACAGUGACCGUAAGGAAAGGCUUCUAUCAGCCCACAGUGUCGUUCUGGCACAGGCUGAUGGGUUCUGAUGCCUGCAUGGAUCAGACCAUCAAGAGUCCCUACACGUCCAGAGUGCUCAAGCCGUACAUCAGGAGAGACUAUGAAAGCCGGCCUCUCAAGCUGCGUUUGCUCUCAGAAAUCCGGGCGUAUCCUCACAGGAAGGACCCGAAUUGGGUUCCUGAAACUGAUGCACCUAUAGACUACUGCUAUGUGCGGCCCAAUCACAUCCCUUCUGUCAACUCCAUGUGCCAAGACAUCUUCUGGCCUGGUAUUGACCUAUCAGAGUGCCUCCAGUACCCCGACUUCAGCGUGGUGGUGCUUUACAAGAAAGUUGUGAUUGGUUUUGGCUUCAUGGUGCCGGAUGUGAAAUACAACGAGGCCUACAUCUCUUUCCUGCUGGUGCAUCCGGAAUGGAGGCGAGCUGGUAUCGCCACGUUCAUGAUCUACCAUCUCAUUCAGACCUGCAUGGGAAAGGAUGUGACCCUACAUGUAUCGGCGAGCAACCCUGCCAUGCUGCUCUACCAGAAGUUCGGCUUCAAGACUGAGGAGUACAUCCUGGAUUUUUAUGAUAAAUACUACCCGGUGGACAGCAAGGAGUGCAGGCACGCAUUCUUCCUACGUUUGCGCCGCUGACGAGCCUACGCUUUGGGUUUUGUAUAUCAUUGUGUAACUUUGUCGAUAUGCCAGUCUGGGAGUGUUAGUGUUAUCAGAGUCAUAUUUGUUGCGUUAUUUCCCGUUUGAAGAUUUGGUUUAAUGUUUAAACCAAAGCGAAGGAUUUGUUUCUCUGUAUACAUACACCAGCAUAACUCUCUUCCUUCUGCAUAAUAAACACAGCUAAAUUAGUUUUUUUUGUAGUUUAAAAAAGUGUUUAUUUUUACCACUUGUGUUUUGUUUUGUAUUCACACAGUUGCUCUGAUAAAAAUGUUGCCACCGUUAAUUAAAUAUAAAAAUGUUUAAUAUUA